GCAGUACUUUAGGUUGGUACUCUUGUUACUCGUGGUAUUUGUUGUAUCUGUAGUAUGCGCUAUGCGCUAUUCGCUAUUCGCUAUGCUGUCGACUGACUAUAAAAUGCCAGUAAUGAGUGGCUGUAGUACGCAUUAAUUGUUCAGUACUUCAUCGAUUAACAACAAUCGCACUUGGACUUAUAGCACUUGCUACCAAUAAAAACUUCAGAAAUAACAAAACAAAAUAUCUACAAAAAUGAAAUUCGUUAUUGUUUUUGCUGCUUUGUUCGCCAUCGCUCUUGCUGCCCCAGCACAACAAGAAGCGCAAGUAUUACGUUACGAUUCGGAUGUACAGCCUGAGGGAUAUAAGUUCAUUGUCGAGACCAGUGAUGGUAAAACCCAUCAAGAAGAGGGACAACUCAAGGACGCUGGCACCGAUCACGAAGCCAUUGUAGUACGUGGCUCCUACUCAUAUGUUGGUGAUGAUGGUGUUACCUACACAGUGACCUAUCUUGCCGAUGAGAAUGGUUUCCAGCCUGAGGGAGCACAUUUGCCACAUGCUUAGAGUGUGUAUUGUGAAAUAUCCUCGAAAGAAAAAAAACGGACAAGGAUGUUCCUUUCAUAAUACUCAAUACGUUGUGUUAACUAGGUUUAAGCAAGUUUUUUAAAAACGAAUAAAAAAUAUUAUAAG